GAGACAAGUGCCAGGAGGACCAUUCUUACCACAAAUUCAAAGGACAGUUCCCAGCACCAGAGAUGGGUGAAUCAAUCAUCUACAUCCGGCAUAUUGAGUUGCUGGGAUUUGAGAAGCGAUUUUUCCCCAGCCAACACUAUGUUUAUAUGUUUUUGGUGAAAUGGCAAGACCUGUCAGAAAAAGUUGUGUAUCGGAAGUUCACAGAGAUCUAUGAGUUCCAUAAAGUUUUGAAGGAAAUGUUUCCAAUUGAAUCGGGGGAAAUUAACACAGAGAGUAGGAUAAUCCCUCACUUGCCAGCUCCACGGUGGUUUGACAGCCAACGCGCCACUGAAAACCGGCAAAAUACUCUGUCCGAAUACUUCUCUGCCUUGAUCAAUCUUCCACGCAAGAUCUCCCGUUGUGUGCACAUCUUAAGCUUCUUCAAAGUCAGACCAGAUGAUCUGAACCCUUCUACUGCAAACCACCCCAAGAAACCAGAAACAUUCCUGAUACCAAAAGAUUCAAAGAAGAUUGCAACAGCCCCAAGAAACCAGAAACAUUCCUGA